AUGUGGAAUUCCGCCUCAGAAAAAGUAGGCUGCCUCGUCCGUAAAAUCUGGCCGGGCCUUCAGGCUCUUUCCAUAAAGCAAACUACUCACAAGGUUGCUGAAAACUCUUCGACAGCCUACGGCCGGUUUCACCCUUCUUGGGACUCAUCAAGUAGGUGCAGUUCCCGAGUUUCUGUCAACCCUAUGUUCUACUCGAACCCAAAUUGGACUGUUUUCCAGAAAUACACUCAUUUGCAAAUCACUUUUUAUGUUUUCACAAAGGAAACUACUCACAAGGUUGCUGAAAAUAUACUGCGAUUUCUCGAAUAUCGUGCCAAAUGA